UGUCAAUAACAGUAAAGCUUUAGUAAAGUCAGAAGUUAACAUUACACAUUACAUUAAUUAAAAUAGUACUUGAUUCAUCUUUUUAAAUAUACAGUAUGUUUGAAUAUUUAUUAGCAUCAUCAGCAUCAUUCUCAGCGUCUUCAACUCCUGACUUCAGUAUUACAUUUUCUCUACACACAAGUAUUAAACAGUGAUUUUAUUGAGACUAACAGAUGCUAACUGCUAACAAAGGCUAACCCUGAUUCCACUGAGUUCCUCCAUCAAAUCAACAUAUUGUAGUUUUCAGUCAUGUGACAACAGAAAUAGAAACAUGUCAGUGAUAACAGCUGGGCUGAGGUCAGCUGCUCUAAAACACAGAAUGAACAACCACAGAGAGUCUGAGGAAACACACAGUUGGUUUCUUCUUGAUGCUGCUGAUGGAAGCACUCAGUAAUGUCUGUGAGUGUUCACAAUCAUACAUCAGCUCUUUGCUUUCCUACAACAUGAGAGAACAGUUUUUACAUUGAUUCACUCUGGAGUUCCUUUCAGAAGAGUUGUUUUCAGUACAGCUGGAAAAACCAAAACGCAGCAGUGUGUCCAGGAAGAGAGCGAGAGUGGACCAGGAGAGCUCAGAGGUUCCCAGUGGUCAGUCUGCCCAGCAGCAUCAAACACACCUGGACUCCAUAUUUAUGCUGCUGGAGGACAACAUUGUCACUUUUGUGAAGAACGAGCUGAAGAAGAUUAAAAAGGGUCUAAGUUCAGGUUACCCAGAAUGCUUAGAGAGUCAAAGGGAGGAUGAGGAGGUGUUGGACAGUGAGGAUGAAGAGCAGAGGCGGAGCAGUAGAGAGGCAUUUCUGAAGAUAACAGUGCACUUCCUGAGGAGAAUGAAGCAGGAGGAGCUGGCUGACCGUCUGCAGAUCGGACAUCCUGAUGGAGUUUGUCAGUGUAAACUAAAAUCUAACCUGAAGAAGAAGUUCCAGUGUGUGUUUGAGGGGAUUGCUAAAGCAGGAAAGCCAUCCCUUCUGAACCAGAUCUACACACAGCUCUACAUCACAGAGGGAGGGAUUGCAGAGGUCAAUGAUGAACAUGAGGUCAGACAGAUUGAAAAAGCAUCCAGGAAACCAAACAGACCAGAAACAACAAUCAGACAAGAAGACUUCUUUAAAUCCUCACAUGGAAGAGAUGAACCAAUCAGAACAGUGAUGACAAAGGGAGUGGCUGGCAUUGGGAAAACAGUCUUAACACAGAAGUUCACUCUGGACUGGGCUGAAGACAAAGCCAACCAGGACAUACAGUUCCUGUUUCCAUUCACUUUCAGAGAGCUGAAUGUGCUGAAAGAGAAAAAUUACAGCUUGGUGGAACUUGUUCAUCACUUCUUUACUGAAACCAAAGAAGCAGGAAUCUGCAGGUUUGAAGAGUUCCAGGUUGUGUUCAUCUUUGACGGUCUGGAUGAGUGUCGACUUCCUCUGGACUUCCACAACACAAAGAUCCUGACUGAUGUUACAGAGUCCACCUCAGUGGAUGUGCUGCUGACAAACCUCAUCAGGGGGAAACUGCUUCCCUCUGCUCGCCUCUGGAUAACCUCACGACCUGCAGCAGCCAAUCAGAUCCCAUCUGAGUGUGUUGAUAUUGUGACAGAGGUCAGAGGGUUCACUGACCCACAGAAGGAGGAGUACUUCAGGAAGAGGUUCAGAGAUCAGGAGCCAGCCAGCAGAAUCAUCUCCCACAUCAAGACAUCACGAAGCCUCCACAUCAUGUGCCACAUCCCAGUCUUCUGCUGGAUCACUGCUACAGUUCUGGAGGAUGUGUUGAACACCAGAGAAGGAGGAGAGCUGCCCAAGACCCUGACCGAGAUGUACAUCCACUUCCUGGUGGUUCAAUCCAAACUGAAGAACAUCAAGUAUGACAGAGGAUGUGAGACAGAUCCACACUGGAUUCCAGAGACAAGGAAGAUGAUUGAGUCUCUGGGAAAACUGGCUUUUGAGGAGCUGCAGAAGGGCAACCUGAUUUUCUAUGAAUCAGACCUGACAGCGUGUGGCAUCAAUAUCAGAGCAGCCUCAGUGUACUCAGGAGUGUUCACACAGAUCUUUAUAGAGGAGAGAGGACUGUACCAGGAUAAAGUCUUCUGCUUCGUCCAUCUGAGUGUUCAGGAGUUUCUGGCUGCUCUUCAUGUCCAUCUGACAUUCAUCAGCUCUGGAGUCAAUCUGCUGUCAGAAGAACAAUCAACCUCCCAGAAGUCUGAAACAAGAAAAGAUGAAUCUGCAGAGACACAGUUCUACCAGAGUGCUGUGGACAAGGCCUUACAGAGCCCAAAUGGUCACCUGGACUUGUUCCUCCGCUUCCUCCUGGGACUUUCACUGCAGACCAAUCAGGAUCUCCUACGAGGCCUGCUGCCACAGACAAGAAGUUGCUCAAAAACUAAUCAGGAUAUAGUCCAGUACAUCAAGAAACAAAUUGAGGACAACCCGUGUCCAGAAAGAAGCAUCAAUCUGUUUCACUGUCUGAAUGAACUAAAAGAUCCUUCUCUUGUCGAGGAGAUCCAACAGUCUGUGAGAUCAGGAAGACUUUCUACAGAUAAACUGUCUCCUGCUCAGUGGUCAGCUCUGGUCUUCAUCUUACUGUCAUCAGAAAAAGAUCUGGACGUGUUUGACCUGAAGAAAUACUCUGCUUCAGAGGAGGCUCUUCUGAGGCUGCUGCCAGUGGUCAAAGCCUCCAACAAAGCUCUACUGAGUGGCUGUAACCUCUCAGAGAGAAGCUGUGAAGCUCUGUCCUCAGUUCUCAGCUCCCAGUCUUCUAGUCUGAGAGAGCUGGACCUGAGUAACAACAACCUGCAGGAUUCAGGAGUGAAGCUUCUGUCUGCUGGACUGGAGAGUCCACACUGUACACUGGAAAUUCUCAGGCUGUCAGGCUGUAUGAUCACAGAGGAAGGCUGUGCUUCUCUGGCCUCAGCUCUGAGCUCCAACCCCUCCCAUCUGAGAGAGCUGGACCUGAGCUACAAUCAUCCAGGAGACUCAGGAGUGAACCUGCUCUCUCCACAGUGGAGACUGGACACUCUCAGGGUGGAGCCUGCUGGAGUCCGAUGGUUGAGACCAGGUCUGAGGAAGUAUUCCUGUGAACUCACAGUCGACACAAACACAGUGAACAGGAACCUUAAACUGUCUGACAACAACAGGAUGGUGACGUUUGUGAAGGAAGAGCAACCAUAUCCUGAUCAUCCAGACAGAUUUGACUGUCCUCAGCUGUUGUGUACAAAUGGUCUGACUGGUCGCUGUUACUGGGAGGUGGAGGGGAGAGGAAGAGUUAGAAUAUCAGUGGAUUACAACAGGAGAUGUCACAGUAAAGAAUGUUUGUUUGGAGAGAAUGAUCAGUCCUGGAGUCUGUUCUGCUCGGAAGAUGAUGGUCGUUACUCUGUCUGGCACAAUAAGAGCGGAACAUCCAUCUCCUCCUCUGUCUCUAACAGAGUAGCAGUGUAUGUGGACUGUCCUGCUGGCACUCUGUCCUUCUACAGAGUCUCCUCUGACACGCUGAUCCAUCUCCACACCUUCAACACCACAUUCACUCAACCUCUUUAUCCUGGGUUUGGGCUUAGGUCCUCAUCCAUAUCCAUGUCUGGUUCCUCAGUGUCUCUGUGUUCUCUGUAGGAGGCAGACUCUCUUCCUGUUGGACAAAUAUUCUCACUGCUGCAGGCAUUUGCACAGAUUGCUCAAGCCCUAAUAACCAUGAAGCUUUAAUGACCAGUAUGUAGGAUUUAGUGGCCUGAAGUUACAGAUUGCAACCAACUGAACACCACUCUAGUCUUUAUUUGACUAAUUGAAGCCCCUAUCUAGAGUCAGUGUUUGGUUUGUCCAUUCUGGGCCACUGUAGAAACAUGGCAAUUCAACAUGGCAGACUCAGUGGAAGACGCCCUACAUUGUCUGUAGAUAAAAACGUUUAAUUCUAACAAAAACACAAUGAUUCCUAAUAAUAAUUAUUCACCAACAUUUCUGACAAUAGAUCCUCCUAAAGGUUACACACUGGACUUCCUAUUUUUGAGGGUAGAUUGGUUGGUUUAUUAUUUCAUUCAUUCAGACAUUAUUGUGUAAAUAUUUGUUGAUUUUGAACAGGUAUUCAUUUUAUAGAAAGUGUGCACAAUGUCUGCUCUGCAGUUCUUGGAGAGAUAGUAAAUGCAAAAUGUGCUGUGUGGCUUGAUCAUUUUGUAGAAAUAUGUUGAGUUUUAAACUGUAUGACCGUUUUAUAUGUAAUUGCUUUAUUUUUUAUACAUAAUUAGGAGAGAGGUGCCCUUUCUUCUUUGAACACCUGCCUAAAAUGUCCGUACAUGUGCCUGCAACAGAUGAGUUGAGUCCUGCAUUAAUCAAUGAAUUUAAAUGAAUCAAUGAGCUUUGUACAAAAUCCUUCCGAAAGAUUCUUCACAGAUAUUGUAAAUGUCUUCCACAAGCUGCAUGAAUGCUCAUUAUGCUUCAAUAAAGAUUAUUUUCUUCAAUCUGGAA